GGCUCAAUGAGUUUACAAAAACUGAUGUCAAACUUUCGACUUCCAGGUGGAAACAAGCUGAAGCCGCAGCCAUUCCGGCUCAACUGGUCGUGGAUCAGCCUGGAGAAGGAGUACUAUCUGGUGGAUGAGGAUGCCAAAUUCCUGGAGGUGACGCUCAGACGCAGGGGAUACCUGGGAGAGACAUCCUUCGUCAGCAUCACCACCAAGGAUGGCACUGCGGAGAAGGACAAGGACUUCCGGGGCAAGGCCCAGAAGCAGGUCCAGUUCAACCCAGGCCAGACUGUGGCCACCUGGAGGGUGAAGAUCUUCACGGACCAGGAGUUUGAGACCAGCGAGACUUUUGAGAUCCAGCUGUCGGAGCCUGUCAUGGCCGUGCUGGAGUACCCCGAUACAGCCACUGUGGAGAUAGUGGACCCUGGUGAUGAGUCCAUGGUGUUCAUCCCCCAGGCAGAGUAUAAGAUAGAGGAGGACAUUGGGGAGCUGCUGGUGCCUGUUCGCCGCUCUGGAGACCUCAGCCAGGAACUCAUGGUCGUCUGCUACACCCAGCAAGCCAGUGCGACGGGUACCAUCCCCAGCACGGUCCUCUCCUACAGCGACUACAUCACACGUCCCGAGGACCACACCAGCGUGCUCCGCUUCGACAAGGACCAGAGGGAGAAGCCCUGCCGCAUCAUCAUCAUCGACGAUUCGCUCUACGAGGAGGAAGAGAGCUUCAACGUAACCCUCAGCAUGCCCAUGGGGGGCCAGGUGGGAGCCACCUUCCCCAGCGCGAAGGUCACCAUCCUGGCCGACAGCGACGACGAGCCCUCUCUGUAUUUCGGAGAACUAGAUUACAUUGUGGAUGAGAGUUCAGGCUAUGUGGAGGUCAGGGUCUGGAGGACUGGCACUGACCUCUCCAAGACGGCCACAGUGACCGUCCGCUCCAGGAAGAGUGACCCCGUCUCUGCUGAAGCCGGCCUGGACUACGUGGGCAUCAGCCGUAACCUGGACUUUGCCCCCGGGGUGACCAUGCAGACAUUCAGAGUGACCAUCCUGGAUGACCUGGGUCAGCCGGAGCUGGAGGGGCCGGAAACCUUUGACCUGGUGCUGAGGAUGCCCAUGAACGCUGUGCUGGGAGAGCCCAGCAAGACCAUCAUCACUAUUAAUGAUACUGUUACUGACCUGCCCAAGGUUCAGUUCAAGGAUGCAGCCUAUAAGGUGGAUGAGGCGGACGGGGAGAUGAAGGCCGUAGUGUAUCGUAGUGGAGACAUCAGUCACAGGUCUACGGUGCGCUGCUACACCCGCCAAGGCUCUGCCCAGGUCAUGAUGGAUUAUGAUGAGAGGCCCAACACGGACGGGUCACUCAUCACCUUCUUCCCAGGGGAGAGUGAGAAGGAGUGUGUGGUGAACCUGGUGGAUGAUAACCUAUACGAGGAGGACGAGGAGUUCCGUCUGGUCCUGGGAACGCCCAAGAGCAAGUCACCCUUCGGAGCCUCCACAGGGGAACAGAGCGAGGCGGUGGUCACCAUUACUGACGAGAAAGACAAGCCCAUCAUCCGUUUCAGUGAGAUAAAGUACAGUGUACGGGAGCCUCAGAUCCAGGGGGAGACAGCCGUGGUGAAGAUCCCUAUCCUGAGGCUAGGAGACACCUCCAAGGUCUCCCUGGUUAGGGUCCACACCAAGGACGGGUCAGCCACCUCCGGAGAGGACUACAACCCGCUGUCGGAGGAUGUGGAGUUCAAGGAGGGUGAGACAGAACACUUUGUGGAGGUGCAGAUCCUGUAUGACGGCCAGAGAGAGAUGAGAGAAGCCUUCGUCGUCCACAUGAAACCUGAUGAGUACAUGGUCGCAGAGAUGCAGAUGAGUAAGGCAAUUGUGUACAUCGAGGAGAUGGACAGCGUGGCAGACGUCACCUUCCCGGCUGUGCCUACUGUGGUGUCCCUGCUAAUGUACGACGACACGGCCCGCGCCAGGGACAACCCUCACCCCUCUACUGGCUACCCCAUCGUCUGUGUGACGGCCUGCAACCCCAAAUACCACGACUUUGACAAAACGGGCUCCAUCUGCACGGCGGAGAGCAUCAACAACACCCUGACCCAGUACCGCUGGCUGGUCAGCGCCCCCAGCGGGUCGGACGGGGUCACCUCGCCCCUGAGAGAGGUGGACACCAACACCUUCUUCACCAACACUAAGUCCAUCACCCUGGACUCCAUCUACUUCCAGGCUGGGUCGAGAGUCCAGUGUGCUGCCGGGCGUUCAAUACGAACGGGGAUGCUGGUCUGGAGCUGUCCAGUCCCAUCAUGGUGGUCAGCAGGGAGGAAGGUGAGUGGAGACUGGGGGGGGGGGGACUUCAGAGGAGGAGGGUGA